AUGGCGCUUUACGCAGCUAGAGUUUUAUCAGAGAUGGGCUGGGAGAAGCAUUACGCCCUCCCAGUGCUCAACGCUGAAAAUAAGGCUUUGAUAGAACAGAUUUGCUUGAAAAAGAGAGAUCUCUUGCAGCUGAAAAACAAAUUUGAGAGUAAUAAAGAAAGGGAGCAAUUAGGAAACGACUUCCUGAAAAAUGUUAAAAAGGAGCUGGAAAUCACAGAGGCUCUGUGCAGGGCCAAAGAUCGAGAAGCAGAGUCAGAGACACACCUCGCCGCCAUCGCAGAGAGGGAAACAGGUCGCCUGGUGCAGGAAAAUGCCAAGACGGAAAACAAUAUUCAAUAUAUGUCUGACAAGAAAGAUACCUUAGAGAAACAAAUCCUCAAGGAUAAACAAAAUCUGGAGCAGUUUCGGACUCAAAUGCAGUGGGACCAGAAGGGCAUGGAGGCCUUUUUGGAGGAGUCAACACAAAAAGAUGACGACAUGAUGGCCAUAAUUAAGUAUUCACAGCAAGAUGAGUUGAGAAUCAAGUCACUCACUUUGGCUAUUGAGAGGACCACAAUAGAGGGCAAUAAAAAACGCAAAGCGCUGGACAAGGAAAUGACGGAGACUCUAUCUGCACAGAUUGCUUUGGACAAGAUGACAGAGAAUUUGCAGCAGGCUCACAUGGAGACCGAGCAGAUCAUCCACCAGUGGGAAAACACCAUCCAACAGAUGAAGCAAAGAGAUGCUGACAUGCAUCAGUGUGCUCUGAAACUGUCCAAGACCAACCAGAUCAUCCGGGAAAGGAACGACACCUUAACAGAAAUGAGGAACCUCCAGGAGUCUCAGAUGGACGACAACAAGGAAAAAGAGAAGAAGAUAACAACAACCAAUGGACUGGCUUCAAGACUGCGACUGAACUUAAAGGAGCGGGAGAAGAACUACAUGGAAAUGCAAGAUGAGUUGAAAAGUUCCAGAGCCCUACUGGACAGAACAAUGUCCAAUGUGCAGUCAAUGAGGUCCCACAUCUGCAGGCAUAAGGAAGACAUCCAGAACAACGAAGUCAGACUGAAUCAGACCAAAGCCCAAAAUGAGGCUCUUGAGCAGAAGCUAAAAGCUGUGAUACAAAACGCCCUGAGUGAGAAGGAGCGAGCUGCACAGAUGGAGAAUUACCUCAAGGAAGAGGAGCAAGUCAUCAAGGAGCUGGACUCGCAGCUCCGUGAGCGCAGCAAGGAGUUUGUGCGUUGCAAACAGCACGUGUUGGACUCCAAGAAGCAGGAGAAGAAUUUGAUUGCCCAAAUAGUGAGGAGCAGAUCUACGGUCAACACGUUGGAGGUGGAGAUGAGGAAACAGGAGGAGUACUUGGUCAAACAGAUGAUGAUCAUGAAUGAGAAGGACUCCCUGUUGAUCAUUUUGGACAAAAAGCUGGCACGAAUUCAAGGUGUUGUCGGGGACUCUGACGAGAAGAUAGAGAUGGAGAUAAAGAUCACGGAGCUCAAACAAGCGCUGGAGGAGAGGAAGAAGGCGUCCGUCAAGAUGAUCAGCAAAAUCAAGGAGUCUGAGGAGGACAUUCGCUACUUGAGGAAAGAGAGGGAGGAUUCUGCCGCUCAGAAGGAGGAGCUGUACCACAAAGUCAUAGAGCUGAAGCUGAUCAACAGUAACAUAGAACGAGAGAUGAAGAUACUCGGGUUCAAGAACCAGGAGCACAUCGUGGAGCAAAACAUCUCCAAGCUAGAGGUGAAGCGCAAAAGGGAUCUUCUGUUCAACAAGGCCAACAGCGUGGUGUCGUUGGAGAAAAGACAACUGAACGUGAAAAAAGCCAUCCAAGAGAGGCAAGAG